AAGUCAUCUGAUCGUUGCCAAUCAUCUCUGUAACAGAAAUACAAGAGGACACAUCAUCAUGUUAGACUUUGCCAUCUUUGCUGUGACAUUCAUAAUUCUCCUUGUUGGUGUACUUAUAUACAUUUAUCCAACAUCUCCUCCAAAGGCUACAACUGUACCAGGGCUUGAACCGUCGGACCCGGUGAAAGGGAAUCUAGAUGAAAUAGGUGACGCCGGCAGUCUUCAUCAGUUUCUGGUGAAUCUUCAUGCCGAGUAUGGAGACAUUGCAUCGUUUUAUUUCACCGAUCAACUCUGUGUCAGCAUCAAGUCUCCAGAGCUGUUUAAAGAACAUCAAGCGGUCUUUGAUAGGCCUCCUCUCCUGUUCAAGUUGUUCGAACCUCUGAUCACGCCAGACAGCAUCCAAUACGCUAACGGGGCAGACGGUCGUAAAAGACGGGACCUCACCGACAGAUGUUUUGGAUUUCAAGCUCUUCAGAACUUCAUUGAAAUUUUCAAUGAGAUCACAGAGCAGCUGGUGGAGAAGAUCUCAUCCCUACCUCCCGGGGAGCACAUCCCGCUACACGAGACGGGUCUUGGUCUAGCCAUCAAGGGAAUCAUGCUGACAUCGUUUGGGGACUAUUUCAAGGACGACAAGAGCAUUAAUAACUUCAGGAAGGAUUAUGAUCUUGUCUGGGGUGAAAUGGAAGAGAGGCUAAAAGGAGGCAUUCCAGAGGAGGGAAGUGACCAAAUGAAAAAGUUUGAACAAGUCAGGGAUAGGCUGUAUUCCACUGUCCAGAACGUGGCCGAUCAACGCAAAGCUAAUCCUCCCAGCCAAGAUAAAGAAGUUUUCAUCGACGUCCUUCUCAAAUCGGACUAUCCAAAAAGCAGACUGCAGGCUGACCUAAUUACAUACAUCGUUGGAGGGUUCCACACUUCGGGGAACCUGUUUGCUUGGGCACUAUUCUUCUUAGCUGAACAUGACAAGAUCCAGGAAAAACUGUACAACCAUGUGAUUGACAUCGUGGGCAAGACUGGACCGGUCAGCAUGGAAGACAUCGCAGAAAUGACGUACAUGAGGCAGGUGAUAGAUGAAACCCUUCGAGUCUCAAUUCUUGCCCCUUACGCUGCCAGAUACCAGGACUUUGACGUUACCCUAGGAGGUCACGUGAUUCCUAAGGGGACUCCAGUACUUCAUGCCUUGGGCGUCUCCUUGAUGUCUGAGAAGUACUUUCCAAACCCCAAAGUGUUCAAUCCAGAGAAUUUCUCCGCGGCUAACAUAAAGAGUCGCCCUCGCGAUGCGUUCCAGCCUUUCGGUUUUGCUGGCCGCCGGGUGUGUCCGGGACAGCAAUUUGCCUACAAGGAAGUGGCCAUCUUCCUCGCGAUCUUCCUACGUGCCUUCAAGAUCGCCCUUGUCCCGGGUCAAAAACCGCAUCAUGUUCACGGUCUGGUCUCGCAUCUUGUCAACAAAGAUGGCGGGGACGUCUGGAUUACAGUUGAAAAACGUUGAGAUCCAUCAGUUUGUAAACCUGGGGGUGUUUCUUGAAGAGUUGGUAUGAUUUAGUCAUGCUCAUGCUUGUGCACAUUGGUUUACCGACGUGCACAUGGUUUAUAAUGUGCAAUCUUAUUGAUUAAUACCCAGUAGCGCGUAGUCUUAGCAUGAUUUGACGAAUGCGGUGAUGCCUUUUCAACUUUGCGCAAAUGGAAAUUGGAAUGCAACUCCAAGUCCCACUUAACUCUUCGGAAACACACCCCUUGUUAGCAAUUGUUUUGAAUUUAUAUUGGGAUGGUGUGACAUAAAGCAUAGGUUAUGUACAACUUUACACUCGACUGGCGUGUACCGAGUGGCCAUUUCGAGUCUAGGUGCUAAAUCGCAUUCUGAAUCACUCUAUUUUCUUUCCCAUCAGCCACUGACAGUUUGUUCUCGAUUGAAUUGCCAUCUUUCUGAGCAUCUAAAUAGAAAAUUCAAUAUUUGCAUGGUUAGAUUAUAGCUAUUUGAAAUGCCUUUUUAAUUAUGUUAAAGCAGGAACUUUUUAUUAUACUUGUAGUGCAAAAAAGAUCACCAGUUGUGUGUAAAGUUGCGCAAACCGACAAAUGGGUCGUUUAGCCUGUUUUGUUUUCUACUUUACUUAGUUAUAAGAAAAGCAAAAUAGCUUUUGCCCAUGUAAACAAGUGGUACAUGUACUUCUCAUCAUGCAGUAUGGAAAUUGAAAAAAAACAAACUUAUAUUGUGUUAUAACUAUAUUCUAGAAAAAAAGUGUAGUGCCUUUAGAAUGUAUUUAAUACAUCUGUUAGAAUUGUUAUUGUCAUAUCUUGCUAAUCUGAUUUAAAGAUAAUUCAUUCAGGUUUACAUAUUUUAUAAUCUAAUUUAAAACCACAACAAAAAUAUCACUUUCUAUUAGAAAUGUACAGUACUUUAAUUUCAACCCUUACAGGCCUGGGGGGGGGGGGCGGAUUCCCCCCCGUCUACAUAUUUCACAAUAAGUCGGCCACAAAAUCUUUCAACCGCGCCGCUCGCUGAAUUUUUACUUCCAAAUCUCGCAUAACUUUUGAGACCAAAUUUAUCAGACCCCAAACUGCUCAAAAAUGUGAAUUCAUGUACAAAUCCAAUACAAAUUUGGUAUUUAGCCAAUAUUCAUAAAUGUAUCAUUAUUUCUACUUUCACUAUUAAACUUAAUUUAUUUUGUCUUGUUAUGAACAGAAUUAAAUCUGCAAUAAUUUCCAUCGAAAAAACAAUAAAAAACAGAGAAGUACAUGAGAAAUAAAAAAAUAAAAAAUUACAUGAGAAAAAAUUGCGAUACCAAAUUUUUUUGAAGCGUAUUUGAUCGAGAUCCUACAAAGAGUCUGUGAAUAAAAAAUAAGCAGUUUUAGGCCCGUAUGAUAGUUGAUUAGAGCUAAUUUUUAAUUUCAUGCAUUAAUUAGCAUAAUGAAUUCAUUAAAUAAAAAAUCUCAUUAUUUCAAAAUUAUUAACCAAACAGCCUUUUAGAUUUUAUCGCACACCACCACUGUACGUGCAAAUUUUCGCAGUGAUCGUUCUGUUUUCCGUUGGGGGGAAGGAAUCUGUGAUGAUAAAUUUGAUAGCAAAAUGUCUUUUUAACUUGAAAAUUUUCCUUUUUUCCCUUGUCAAAUUCUGCUGAGGAAAAUUUGUAUCCUUUUUGGAGUCGAUUACAGUUUUCCUAUAAUAUUCUUGAAAGUAAUGUCGAUCCACCCUACCUCCAUGGGUGACCGUUUUUGUAGAUAUAAAAGCAAAAUUUUUUACAUAGUGAUUCCCCCCAAAAUUAGCUUAUACAAGCUGAUUUUUCAUAGUAAAAUGUGAGAUUAUUUAACAACAAAGAGGUUUAUACAUGUAUGCAUUGACAAAUACAUCUUUAGUGUGCAAUCAUUUCCUUUUGAAUAACCAAGUUGGUAGAGUAGCCUUCUCAUUAUUUGUUGAUCCAAGUCUGGAAAUAGGCCAUCACUUUAUUGUGCACCCCCCCCCCUGGGUGGCCACUUCCAUUGACAAGUGGAUACCAUGCGCGACCAUGGGGUCUUGAUAAGCACCCUAAACAAGUAUUUUCCAUAUUCUGAAAAUGUACCCCUUAACAAGUAUUGGCGUGUGAAACCCUACAUGUACCCUUAACCCUAAUUCUCCCGGGGGGGGGGGGGGCCAUAAUGGCCCCCCCCUCGACAAUUUUCGCGAUAUAUCUGCUGCGUUAAAUUUUUUGACCUUGCCGCUCACUGACUUUUUGCUUUCAAGUCUCGCGCAAAUUUUGAGACCAAAUUUGUGACGCCCGGGUACGCGGUUACGACAUUACGCAACAUUACGUAAGUGCAUGUCGGACCCAAAAUUGCUCAUAAACGUGAUUUCAUGUACAAAUCCAAUGCAAAUUGUGUAUUUAGCCAAAAUUCAUAAAUGUAUCAUUAUUUCAACUUUUACUGAUUAAACUUAAUCAAUUUUGCAUUGUUUAUGAUCAGAAUUAAGUCUGGAACGAUUUCCAUUGAAAAAACAAUAAAAAACAAAAAGUAAAAAAACAAGGAAAUACAUAAGAAAUUCAUAAAACAAUAAAAUACAUAAGAAAUUUAUUUCCAAACCGAAGUUUUUUUCAAUUGUGAUUGUUAAGAAUGCUACAAAGAAUAUUUUUACCAAAAAGUAGCAUUCUAGGAGCUUUAUUUAGUGAAUUAGAGCAAAAGGUAUGAUUUAUGCAUAAAUUAGCAUAAUUAAUUCAUAUAAAAUAAAAUUUCAUUAUUUUGGAAAAUUUUACCAUACAGCCUUGUAGAUUACAUCGCACACUACCAGCGUGCAAAUUUUUGCGUCGCUCGCGCGAUUGGCGGCCGAGAUCUUAAGGGGGGGCCAUAAUGGCCCCCCCCGGGAAUGACAAGAAUAAAAAUACCCCGGGAGAUUUAGGGUUAACAAGUAUUGGAAACAAACGAUACCCUUGUCAAGUAUUCCCUUAAAGUGAUCAUUUCACUUUGUUCUGAUUUAAAAAAUUCUCCUUUUGGUUCCUGAAAAUGGGCUAAACAUUAGGCUUAUAGUGUAAAAAUACCAUCCCAAAAGUUUCAAAGUAUUAUAUUUACAGGAUCAAUUUUAAAACCUUAGAGAUGUAAACCAAAGUUUGAAAUAAUUGGGAGUUGGUUUCAAUGACUAUGUGUAUACAGGGAAUCUGUGCACCACAACACAUUAAUCCUAGAUGAACACAGCAUGACCUACAUACAGUGUGUACAAGGUAUACACUGAAUGUACAGUGCAGCUAAUAGUGUGUGUAUAGGCGAUACAGUACACACAACAGAAGGCAGUCAAAAUAGCCAACAGACUUUUUGAAUUGGAGAAAACUGGUCGUAAGCUGAACCCAUCUACUAGACGGUUCUCAAAAUCAGGCUAAUAAAUUGCUACUUGUAUCUAAAUUAGAGUUUGUCAUCCUAUAUUGUGGUCUGUUUCAGGGUUUUUGAGGACAAAUACAGGCACUCAUACGCACGUUUCAACUCAGUUUGAGAAUUUUUUAAAUCAGCUGCUCACAAAGUUAAACGAUCCCUUUAAUUGAACCCCUACACAAGUACAGCGAUAUUUUAAUUGUUAUAUGUCGCGGAUGUCGGUUUUACCUUUACCUACAUCAUUGCAUGGGUUUAUAGUACGGCCCCCACCUUGCUCCCACACCUCGCUCCCACACCUCAUGCAAAUCGGACUCGAAACACGUACUGUUGGGGCUAAAGUACAUCCUUUAUAAAACAUUUUAGUCUUUCUUAUACCCUCGCAAAUUUGACCCUAAACACGUAGCUUUCCUAGUGAAAUAGAUACCCUUUUUUCAUUAUUUUAGUGUUUUUGACACCCUUAUUAUGUUACGUGUGUAACGUGCCCUAUCUUGAAAAGGACAUUGCUUUUACAUGUUUUUUUUGGGUCGCGCAUGGUAUCCACUCGUCAAUGUAAGUGGCCCCCCGGGGCAUCCCCUUAGCUUGUUAAUCUAUUUUGGAAUAAGCCAACACUCUCACCAUUUCCCAGAUUGUGAUACCCAUUACAAGGCUUGUUUGAGAGGACAAAAAUCCCUUGCUAAAAAAUAUUUGACAUGCUUUCUUACUAGUUAGCCUAGAGAGUCAAAAGGGGCCUAAGCUUUCGAUCCUAGCAGAAUCUUUGUCGGAGACAAAAUGACAAACAUAUAAAGUACUAGUUAGCCUGUUCUCUCACAAAUAGUUAUUUUUGUCAUGACACAGCAGCUAUGUUCUGAUACCGGUAAUCUUCAUUGUUUUACCUUUUUUUUUUUAAAAGUUCAUUGUUUCUUUCUGAAAUCAUAUUUUCAUAAUAGGUUGACAAUGAAAUUGGUAGUUUCAUUGGGCACUGCUCAUUAUAAGAAAGCAUCUUUUGAUUGAAAUUAAAUCAUAUGCAGGAUUUUCUAAAUUCAUUGAACCUUUGAAAUGUGCUAGGAGACAUUGAAUGAUUUACGCGUGAAUUAUCUUUCUUCAUCUCUCAAAAUAAUAUUUUUUUUCAGUUUUGAUAUCCAUUUAUGUCAAUGUAGUAACAUGGAUAGGGUCCCUUAACAAUAUUAUAAGUAUAUUUACGUACUCGCCAAUUGCCAUUAUAUAUUGUUUGUUUUAGAAGCACUGGCUUACUAAAUGCUUGGAAAAGA